UCCUCGUGUUUACAGUUUAUAAAUUAUUAUUUUUGUGUCCGACGUUCACUUCUUUCAGAUCUCAUACUCUGAGUUUAUUCUGUUCGGCAGUGCGACUUUUCCGUAGGUACUAUACCUGUUAAUUCCAUACGAUCGUGUGGUGCAAAUGGUUAUUCAUAGUCGUGUAGACGACGAAUUUCAGACAUCUGUUAUUUGGAACCAGUCGGCUACGACGAGGUAAAUUUUAAUUCUUCCGUCAAAUCUAGAAGCUCGUUUAAACUCAUCGUUGGUUUUUGUUGGUUCGUCAUCACUAGACCACAGUCUCAAAAUGGACGAUUCUGAAUUGGAUAAACUGAGAUCGAAGAGAAUGGCUCAGAUGCAGUCAGAACUCGGAGGAGUAAGUUUACAUAUUACCUGUCAUAUUAUCUGUUGAAAAAAAAAAAUGUGUUUAUAAUUGUUUGUCGAUAAUGUUUAGACACAAGGUGAAAAUACGGCUGAAAAGCAAAAACAAGCUGAACAACAACGGCAGGCUGUCGAAGACAUGAAACACUCAAUACUGACACAAGUGUUGAACCAAGCGGCUAGAGCAAGACGUAAGUUUAUGUAGUUAGUUAAUUCUUGACAAUACAUAGAUACUUUGGUGUGUAAAUUAUUCAGAAUUGUGUAUUUUGUCCAGUGAACACUUUAAUGAUUGGUAAACCCGAAAAAGGACGUAUGGUAGAAAAUAUGUUACUCAGGAUGGCACAGUCUGGACAGAUUGUCAAUAAAUUAGGAGAAGAUGAAUUAAUUGGUCUCUUAGAGCAAGUCAACAGUCAGAUGCAAUCUCAAGAGCGUAAAACUACAGUUAAGGUAAAUGUGACCUUUUACUAUUCGCUAUUAGUCAUUUGUUGUUAUGUUUUUUUUUUUUUUUAGUUUGACCGAAGGAGAGCAGCUCUUGACGAUUCUGAUGAUGAUUACUAAUCUAAAAUAUUUUUAUUUAAAAAAAAAACAUUACUUUAAUAUUAUUAUAAUUAUAUAUAUUUGUAUAAUUUUAUACUAACUCAUAGUAGCUAUUAUGAAUUUUGGAAAUUUUAAUGAAUACUAUUUUUUUCAGUCCAUUAAUUAUAUUAAGCUUUUCAUUGAAUUGCUUAAAAAAAAAUAAAUAUUAUAUAAUAAUUACUAAUAAAUAAAAUCA